AUGGACAAUUCGCUUUGCCUCUGCUUUCCGUGUCUGAUUUUUUACUUGGGUGGCUACAUUCCCUCCAGAUCCGAGGACCAAUUCUACCCCACUCUCGAAAACAAAGGAUUCUCMGCUAGCGACAAGAAGGCCAUUGCAGAGGAGUGGUAUUGGGUGUCUUUUGAACGAGAAACCGCCGUGAAAGACUAUCUCGAGGGAUAUGUGACUUUUACCGAUGGUUGUUGGUGGAGGCCACCACCUCGACCACCGAUGCGAGCACCACCUUCGCAACUACCACAACAUCCUCCUGGGGAUUCAUCUCGACGACGUCCGGGAAGCAGAGCACGGCGAGCAUCAUCAGUGGCAUCUACGGAAGCUUCUUCUUCCUCUGGUCCUAGUGUGUGA